UCAAUUUAGUACAACAUGAGAACCUUUAUCAUCCUUUCUCUUGUGGCUGUCGCCCUCGCCGCCCCUCAGGGACAGCAGGAGCCGAUCCCGAUCCUUCGUCAAGACAGCGACAUUUCACCAGACGGUAGCUUCAGAUACGCCUAUGAAACCGGUAACGGUAUAGCUGCUGAAGCUAACGGUGCUCUCAGAAACAUCGGCGCUGAAGAACCAGCUUUGCAGAUUCAAGGAAAUUUCCAAUACCCGAGUGAAGACGGUAGCCCUAUUCAGCUAUCUUAUAUCGCUGAUGAGAACGGAUACCAACCCCAAUCCAGCAUCCUUCCCACACCACCACCAAUCCCAAUUGAAAUUCAGCGUGCUUUAGAAAUUCUCGCCACAGCAAAACCCCAAACUCAAUAGGAAGUAAACUUUUAACUAUAAAUUCUAACCUUUGAAGAAAUACUCAAAAACCUCUUAAAUUACAUUUUAAUGAAUACCGUUGCUGUUGUUAAAACAAUUUUACGGUGACGAAGUUUAGACUGAUGUUGCUGUUAGUGUCGUAAGGUUGGCACGAUGUUGUAUUAAUUUCUGUAUAGACAUUUUUUAUUUAAUUUAAAUAG